AUGCGGUUAUUUCCCCAAUUCCCAACGCCAGCUAUUACAAGGCCCCCGCAACAGACAUCACAGGAUGCUCAUAUUCCAGAAUCAACGUAUGAGAUCUUCCAACAAGUAUUCAGCGUCAAUAGCCUCUCAGCCCCGUCUUAUUCUCACCCAGCUAUCGACUCAGUUAGCAUCUUGACCGAGGAGACAGGUGCACUUUUGAGACUCUACCAAAAUGGAAUCGGGGCUUGGAUGGACAUCUUCGAUUGCUCCCAUACGUACCAGAACGAGGUUGUGAUGUAUUCGCUGUCUUCUCCGCUUCUCAUGCACGCAGUCUGUGCCCUCUCCGCCAGACAAAUGAGUCUGAUCGACAACAAGUUUCUCUGGGAACCCGUGUCAUCUCGUUUCUACGGCGAGAGCCUCAGUCUACUCAUCAAGGAGCUUACUGAGCAGAGCACCGAUAGCGAGCUUGUACUAGCUGGUACUAUCUUGCUGGGUAGCUACGAGCUACUAACGCAACCCGGAAUCGACUACCAAAGGCAUCUUUACGGCGCACAUACUCUGAUAUUAUCUCGGAAUAUCGGGGAAGAAGGAACCCCCUUUGAACAGGCCAGUUUCUGGAUCUACGCGCGACAAGACGUCGCCCUGGCGCUGGUCAAUGAGCGUCCAACGCUGACGCCGCCGGCCAAGUGGCCAGCCAUUCCAGCGAACGCAGUUCCCGUGGAAGACUGGUUCGGGAAAAAGAUUCUCUGGCUGCUGGCAAGGGUGAUCGAAGCUAAGUUCACAGUCAAAAUUGAACACUGGUCGAGUGUCGAGUUGCGAGACUUUGAAGGUCUUGUAUCCGAUAUCGAUUUGCUAUGGACUUCUCUGCCUUCUCACGUUCGCGGAAUUCACAUGAAGCAUGCGCUAUUCGAGGACGAGAGGCUGUUCAGAGUUUGGUUCCAUGUCCCAGCGGCCUCCGCUUUGUGCCUAUACUACCAUAUGGCUAAGAUUCUAGCCUAUGAAUGCCUUUUGGAGAAGUCUAGCGCAGGCUCGCCACCGACAGGGCAGACCGACGUGAUGGGGUCGAUUCGUCACCAUGCUCGUGCCAUCGCGUCCAUUUGUCUCUCUUCCGAUCUUGCAGAUAGUGCAUUAGUGGUGGCGGUGAACCCUAUAUUCUACUCGGCGAAAUAUCUCUCUUCACUGGCGUUGAAAACUAGGCUGUGGGGUGUUCUUGAUCAUAUAGAAACUCGCAUGGGGUUUUAUACGCGGGAUAGGCAGACUCAGCUUCAGCUUGGGCUGAGUAAAUGA